AUGGUUAGCGUGCCUGGCUUCCAUAGUCUAGUUGCAUUUGCACAACACACACACGUACAAACAUUUAAACCAACUUUGAUCCUCCACCACUGCAUUCAAGUUGAAGUUGUUCUACAAAGCAAUAUGCCGUCAACUAUUCUAGCCUUGAUACUAGUAGUUGCAUUCGCUGCAUAUGGGCAUUGCUUAAAAUGUUUCAACUGCAACAGUAAAAUGGAUGCUAAUUGCACAGAUGACAACUUUGGCUUACGUCCAAAAAUCGGGACGUGCCAAGGAAGAAUAGGAGGCACACGUUUUUCAUUUUCCGCUGCUGAACUAGCUAAAAUGAAUGAACAAGUUGUGAAUGAUACAUGUUGUGAGGGCGACAAUAUAAAAUGCAUGACGAUAACAUCAACAUUGAAUGGUGAGAAGGUUUACAAUCGUGGGUGUACUAUGGCCAGUAUAAGCGGAUGUAUUAGUGGCAAUAAAACAAGUGCAUGCUUUUGCGCUUCAGACCAUUGCAACGGCAUUGCGCAACAAGAUGUGACGACACGUAAAGUGACGACACCUGAAAAUGGCACUAAAAUCAAUGGUUGCCGACCACAUUUCCUGUUCCUACUUAUCAUCACAUUGGCUGUUCUGUUGAAUUAAAUAGAGACCUGUGACAUAAACAUCGACACGACGACGAGGCAAUUCAUUGAAUUUAAUUCUAAGGUUAUAUUCAAAAUUGCAAAAAGGAUUUACUGAGCGCGAAGAAGAUUAAAUCAUUUGCUUUAUUCACUCUUAUAUUCACCACACUCUAACAUGUCGAGUCUAUUAAGACAAUUCAAGUUUAUUAAAUGCGAUGCAAGUUAACAGCAAAUAUGUAUAUUUGAACCAAUACACCUUCAAUCAAUAAGAGUAGGUAAUGUCGGAGUGAUAUAAUACUUUAUUCAAUAAUAAUACGGUUUUCCUAGGGAAAUAUGAAGGAAUAAAAAUCGUAUUGAAUCGUAUUACAUGAAUAAAUCGUAUUGUCCCCGGGAAAAA